CCGAUUCCACAUAAGUGCUGUGGCGUGCUGUGACGUGCUGUGCGUUGCUUUUUUGUGCUGUCUCGUGCGUUCAUUUUAGAGCAGUGAGAAACGUAUCUAUAUACAAUGUAUUCUAUGCAUGAGCAGGACUGUCGAUACGUGGCAACAUUGCAGAGUAACCGACUUUGUGCUCCGAAACAGCGUUCCUGCUCCGAUUUGAGGUUUGGCAAAAAGCUCAAUUGUAAUGUUAAAAAAGCAAGUACAUGGCUUGGAUUUUAUAAAAAUUGAAGGAAGAAAAAAAGAACAAGAAGAUACAUUUAUCUAAAAACGUGGCAGUCAUCAUGGAGCAUCAAAAAGGUUUCUUGACUCAUCAUCAUCAAAUCAUUGGUUUUAUAUUAAGGAGUACUUCAAGUUCGGCGAGAUCGAGAGCGUGUUCAUCAAGAUAAACUCCUACACUGGUGUCUCCAGAGGAUUUCCCUUUAUGGUUUUUCAGAACCUCAAGACCAUCGACAAGCUGCUUGCUACUGGCGAUCACUACGUCAACAAGCGUAAGCUUUUCAUGGAAAAGCUGCUCUUGUAAUGCUCGUUCUCGUCAAAACGCAAUUAUGUAACUCCUCGAGGAAAAGCCAAUGCAAAUGCACUAAAGGCAGUGAAAGGUAUUGUGAAUUGUCAAUACAGUACCGCUGUAUUAAGUUUUGGUGCUGGUAAGAGAAAAAAGAAACCUUGCAGAGACAGGAAAUCACAAGAAAGAUCUCAACAGUUAUGACAUGCCAUGGAAGCUAUUAUAAAUUUGGAACUAUUUACCACAUUCCAGAUAGAUGUGUUUGUAGAAUUUCUACGGGUUGAUGGUAGUGACUUUUGUGUAGCUCUUAAUGCUGCAACUCUGGCUCUAAUUGAUGCUGGAAUUCCAAUCAAGGAUCGAUCGGUUGCUCAGUAACAGUUUCAGCUAGUAUCUUAGAAGAUGAUGAUGACAGUGGUGAAGGAACAGGAAUCUUGGAUGCAAAUUGGAUAGAGGAGUGCACUCCCGGAGUAACUUUAUUGAAUGAACAUAGAAAAUUAGAACACCUGAACUAUACUAAACCGACAAUGUAACAACUACCAGCAGUACAGUUGGAGACGUCUAUUCAUACUGGUCCACCAUGGCAGAGAGAAAAAAUAAAUCUGAAAGUAUCCCACCUAAGAAAUUAGUUGCAUUAGUGAAAGGUUAUCCUUGCUUAUAUGACAGAAAUAAUCAUGACUAUAAUGAUAAUAGAAAAAAACAUGAAUGUUUCAAUGAAAUAGCAAAUUCUUUGAACAACAGCAGCGGAUCGAAAAGUUUUACUGGUGAUUGCGUUAAAAGUAAAUGGGAAUCUUUAAGAAGAUCAUAUUCAAGAGGAACAAAUACAAAUUCCAACACAAAUGGAUAUUAUUUGGCGAAGGAAAUGGAUUUUCUAGCCCCUCACAUGAAAAAAAAGAAGGUAGAAAAGGACAAGGAGGUUGAUGAAGUCGUUGGUGAAGAUCUACAUUAUGAAGACGUUUUAAGAGUCAUGAAAUACAAAAAUGAAACUGCUGUGAAAAUUGAGCCAUCAACAAAUACGAACAUUAAAGAAAACUUACAAAUUGAAACUGCAGGCAUAAAGGACAAUAUACCAGCUCCAAGUACAUCGUAUGUAAAGAAAAAGAACGUACUUGAAAAUUUAGAAAAUCAAUGUCUAAAAGUAGCUACUGCUGGAAUGAAAGAAAUUACGAAUUUGAUGAAUUCAGAUACUAAUAGUUCCACUAAUGACAAUUGUUAUUUACUACCUAUCGAAGAAGCCUUAAAGGAUAUUUCUCCUGGUGAUCUGUUAUCUUGCACAAACGAAAUUCUUUGCAUUAUUGAUACAUUUUUACCCGAUUAGAUACCAUAACAAGAAGACAUUUUUCAAUCAAAUCAAUCAUAAUACAAUUUUUUGGAUAAUUUUUGUAAUUUUAUUUUAGUUAAAAGUAAAAUCGAGACUAUGUUCCAUUUUAUAACGUACAUUGAAUAAUAAAAUUAGAUUUUCUUUUAUACACUUUCAGAAUUACUUGUAAAUUUAGUUGUGAUCAAUUAAUUAACCAAAUAUUUUCAUAUUUAAUGAUAUAACAUUCUUCUAAUUAAUAUGAUGUAUAAACAGAAUAAUAAUGUUGAAAUUUUUAUUGUGUAAUAAAUUAAUCUACAAGAUACAAGUUUACAAAUACAGAUUAUGUAUAACUGCAAAUGUAAUAUCAGAUAUACUGAUAUUGCCAUGGAAUGGAUCCUACGUCGGAGACAAAAUAUUCAGCAAAACGAUUCCGAAUGAUAGCAGGGGCAUCUCUUGGCAAUCCUUGAAUUUGUUGAGCAUAAUCAUCAUCCUCUCUUCUUCUGUUGUUAGCAUUAUGCAUAUUAUUCAAAUGUGGUCGAUUUCUUGUUAUAAUAUAAUUAUGCAAACAAAUACAAGCAGCAACUAUA